CUUUCUCCGCCUUUCCUUUCCUCCCGUCCAAGUUUGUUUCGGCGAUGGCAGCCGUCGUCUCCCAGCAAACAGCCAAGGAGGUGGGAAAAAGCACCGUCGCUACAGACAAGCCCUUUGCGUUUCUGCCACUUCCGAGACCGUCGUCAGUCCUCUUCUAAGAGCGGGCGACUCACACUUUCCUUCUCCUCCUCCACUCAAGCGCGGAUAGUCAUUCUCACCGCGCCGUUCAUUCCUACCCGCUCGCGUUUUUUGUUUAAUCUUCUGGACUUGUUCUCGAAAUUGACCGGAUUUCAUUGUAAUAUAUAUAUAUAUAUAUAUAUAUAUAUAUUUUUUUUUGUCGUCGUUGUUGUUAUUAUUAUCAUCAUUAUUAUUAUUAUUUUCCAACUCUCCAGGAGCUGUAGUCUUAAUUGAGGCGGUAAUGAAAUUCGGGACACCACCGCGUGUCCCGAUUUACUCACUUUUUUUGCUGCGCUUUCAUUCGCGUCGACAUGUUCCGCAAUCAGACAAUCAACCAGCGCAGAAAGAGCUAGGGAGUUAGUGAAGAAGCGUUUCUUCCGGUCUUCGUGUUGGAAGUAAGUGGGAUUCCGGGUUUGGGGGCGUGUUUUGUGUAAUUUGUUGAGGUUGGGUGGAGUUGCCUCGUCACUGACCUUUGUCAUGAGGUUAUUGUCCUGCUGAUGAGUACCCUCCCACAUUUUCUUUAGACUUCCUGUGUGAGGGUUGGUUUCGUGCGUGUCUGGAGUGUAGCGAUUGAUUUUGGUCUCCGAGUGUCGUUCACGUUGGCAAGCGCACUGUUGUUGAGAUGUGGAGGUCACGGUCUGAAAAGCAUUUCAAGAGCCCAAGCCUGCGGCUACACUAGAUAAGAUUAGCGGAGUUUCUGUUGUGCUGUGCCUCUCUCUGCGAAAAGCGCAAUUUCGAUCGGAUCCGUCCUUUUUCUCGGUCGAGUGUUGGCAUUGCUGAUGGUCACCGCGCAUUGCAACAAGAGCAUGCAUCCAAUGUUCUACAGGGAUAUGCUGUUAAGUGUUAGUCACUCUCAGACCUGCAUACCUCGUUUGCCGGAUAGUGGGUUCGUGGAGGUGGUUACCGACGUCGCAUUACUGAUUUCGAGUUGACGAACCGUGAGGCACGAAGGUGUUAUUCAUGAAGCUGGUUUCGCUCUCGGACACGUUUAUUGGAUGUCGCUUAUCCUCCUGAGAAGGUUACAACUCCAGGGCGCGCUGAACUUAUAUAUUAUCAAAGCUUUCGUACGCGUCGCUUUGCUACUUUCAUUGAGUUGUUCUUCAUCCCCGCUAUUGAUCCUGCUGAAGGUGCUCUCUAGGCAAUCCAAGGAUCGCCAGCGCUCCUCUACGACGGGUUGUUCUUUGUGAAGCGCUUUCUGAAUCAGCUGUGCACCGACAGGCAAAAGUUGAUUGAAUAAUCGGCAGCUGGAUUAUCAGUCGGUUGAUUGACUUCAAAUUAGAGAGGAGAUUGCCACACUUUGCAAAUUAAUUGAUCCAGAAGAUGCCAGGAAUGAUCAAGGGGGAGACCUCUAAUUCUAUCUCUCACUCCCCGUCGCUUUCCGUCUCCACCACGUCUUUCUCCUCGCUGUCGCAUGUAUCUGCCCACCAGUCCUCUUCGUCGUCCACAAGCACUCCUGCGCAGCUCACAUGGCUCCAGGAGCUCCGGUCGGAGGAAAGGGGCUUAUACCUAAUCCAUCUCCUCCUGGCAUGUGCAAAUGCAGUGGCUAACAACAACAUGGAGUAUACGAAUGUAUAUCUUGAGCAGCUCUCAGUGUUAGCAAGCUUGACAGGUGACCCCAUGCAACGGGUGGCCACGUAUUUCAUGGAGGGGCUUGCAGCUCGGAUUACCAAGUCCUGGCCCGGGCUUCACAAAGCGCUUCAUUCUACUCAUCUCCCUUUCGUCAUGGACAUCAUCUCUGCUCGACAGUUAUUUUUUAGCGUCUGUCCUUAUGUCAAGUUUGCCUUCUUGAUGGGCAAUCAGGCCAUUCUGGAUGCGAUGGAGGGGGAGAUGGUGGUGCACAUCGUGGAUCUGGAGGCUUCGGACCCCGUGCAAUGGCUUGCCCUACUGCAGGAGCUCAGCAACCGGCAAGCAGGUCCUCCUCACUUGCGCAUUACAGGAGUGAGCUUGAAGAGAGAUGUUCUUGAGCAGACCGGCCAGCGGCUUUCAGAGGAAGCCGAGAAGUUGGACAUCCCUUUCCAGUUUCACCCGCUGGUUGCAAGCCUUGAGAAUCUGGACGUCGACUCCUUGAAAGUGAAAAGUGGCGAAGCUGUGGCUAUCAGCUCUAUGAUGAGACUCCAUCCACUUCUUGCUAAAGAAUCCGACACUGUGAUCAGAACGGACACUGAUUAUCACAGUCAUCCCGAAAUUCAUCACUUUAGAUCGUCCAGUGGCGGCUACGAAAAGAUCACGAGUGCAGGCAGAGACGAGGCCAUCAACUCUACUGGUGAAAUCGGACCAGAGCGAGGGUUGAAACGCUCCCGAGAGACGUAUGAAGCAGCUGCCGAGGUGGCAGGUGAGAACUUGAAAGUCCCGGUGGAUGGAUCUGAAGCAGUAGAUCGGCAACGAACACGAAGUACGUCGCAAUCAGAUGGUAACGGCAGCUGUGUGGAGCCGAGAGGCAACUCAGUGCCACGUCCUCUCAGAGACGAGUCCUCAUUCUCCGACUCUGGCUUCGGCUCUGGUGUCGUGCAAAGAGUCUUGCAAAAGCUGCAAAGCCUGUCGCCAAAAGUGAUGGUGCUAGUGGAGCAGGACUCCAACCACAACAGCGGCUCCAUGCCAGACCGCUUCGUGGAAGCCCUGCAUUAUUACUCCGCCAUGUUCGACUCGCUGGACUUGACACUGCCGCAGCAUUGUCUGGAGAGGGUGACGCUAGAGAAGUUUCUUCUUGGGCAGGAGAUAAAAAACAUCGUGGCAUGUGAGGGGGCGGAGAGAGUGGAACGGCAUGAGAAAUUGGAUAGAUGGAGGAUUCGGAUGCGGUCAGCAGGGUUUGUAGCAAGGCCAUUAAGCUCUACUGCGGCCCUUCAAGCCAAGCGGCUCUUGCAUGGCUACCCCUGCGAUGGGUACCGCGUCAAGGAUGAUCAGGGCUGCCUCACUCUCUGCUGGCAGGAUACCCCUCUCUACACAGCAUCCGCAUGGACAGUUUAAGAUCACCAUAGCCAGGCUGGUUGUAUCUCGUAAAUUGCCAUCAAUCAAUUCCUGGCGACUUAACGACACUCGACAUCGUUUUCAUCCCCAGGGGAGGGGGUUGAUGGGGUUUGCUGGGAUUGUAAUUGCCAGCGGAGCUGUCAACAGCCCACAACAAAAUGAUACAUUUCACUUUCUACUGAUCAGUGGUCGGUGAACUGAUGUUGAGUGCUUGACUGGAGUUAAUCGAUUAUUUUUUGGUCAUAUUUACAGGAUAAUAGUCGUCUUAAUAACUGAGAAAGACGGUUACCAUGGCACCCACCCCACCCAGGAAGCAAGCCGAGGGCGCUGUUCUGUAGGCACUCCACAUUUUGCGAAUAAUCGAACGGUUUAUUUCCUCUUAGAAAAGAAUAGAUGAUCAGACGGUGGGGGUCAUCCAUUCUUGUCGAUUGUGCUGGUCACCGCACGUAGGCACGGGGUUUUGAUGGUGAAGGUUGGUGUAGAAGUUUGGAUGUUGGAGGUAUGUUGGGCAGGUAGUUGAAGUCAGGACCUGGGUGCACUGUAAUUAACAGAACAUUUAUGACAGUUUCAAACUGAAUUGGUUCACAUUGAUUUGCCAUUUUUUGACCA